AAUUUCCAUCAACACAAACACAGCAUGACAACAAUAUUCCUGCGUAAUCCCACUCAACAACUCAAGCUGUGAGAAAAAAAAAAUCACAAAAUUAUCAGACUGUUCAUUUCCUGAAGGGUCCUUUCCAUUCAAAUACAUAUAACCGACCGGUACCCUUACAUGGAUUACUCUACUUCUCUAGACAGACACGGAAACACGCUGAACUUGGCACAGAGAUGCUGCAGAUAGCCAAUGAAUGAGUCAGAGUGUAUUAUUAUUACGCUAAUAUCAUGAAUAAGAAUGACAUCAAGUAUCCCGCUGAUUCUGUGAUUUCGCUGUUCAAGAUCGAGCAGACGUAAGGGACAGUGCGAUGGCUUCCAGACAGACGAUGGCAUGUCUUCUUUUCCUCCUUCUUGUGUCCUUCGUCGUUCGGCCGGUGACAUCGCAAGGUGCUCACAAGCACGACAUUGAGCACAAGCUUCUCAAUGAUCUCUUUACAAACUACUCAAAGAUAGCCAGGCCCGUGCUCAACAAGAGUGAAGCCAUCGAGGUCCAGUUUGAUUUGGCGUAUGCCCAGCUCAUCAACCUGAACAGCAAAGAUCAAAUCCUUCAGAGCAAGGUGUGGUUUAGACAGUACUGGAUCAACCCAUUCUUGACGUGGCAUCCAGAGCAGUACGGAGGGAUUGAAUCCAUUAACGUUGAUCCUGAGAUGAUAUGGAAACCUGAUGUUAUCCUGUAUAACAAUAUCGGGUUCGGGGAGACAGGCGCCAUCUACAAGUUCGACACAAAAGCCACCGUGAAGCACAAUGGGUACACCGAGUGGUUCGCUCCAACUGAAAUCCACAGCAUUUGCAAGAUUGAUAUUACCUUCUUCCCAUUUGAUGAGCAGUUUUGCAAGCUAAAGUUCGGCUCGUGGACAUACACGGGUAGGCAGCUGAACUUCACAAACAAGAGAAACUCCGCUGACCUUACUAUGUAUACGAUAAGCGGUGAAUGGGCAUUGGUAGCCGCGCCUAUGGAACGUCACGUGAUCGAGUAUAGUUGUUGCCCAGACCCCUUCAUUGACAUCACGUUCACUAUCCAUAUAAGGAGAAAGGUAUUGUUCUACAUGACAAAUCUGAUUGUGCCUUGCAUAGUCUUGGCGCUGCUGACGGUGUUUUCCUUUCACCUCCCCCCUGAGUCAGGAGAGCGUAUUGGACUCGUUAUCACUAUCCUUCUUGGACUUACCGUCUUCAUGCUUGUGUUUACCGAAAACGUGCCGAGGACUUCCGAAGUGAUUCCGUUGAUUGGGAAGUACGCGUUCGCAGUACUGUGUGUCGUGUCGAUGUCUCUACUCGUAACUUGUUGUAUUCUCAGGGUAUUCAAUAAAGACCCCGAUAGAAAAAUGUCGAAGUGGUUCCGAAAACUGAUAUUUGAAAUUCUUGGCCCAGUUUUGUUAAUGAAGCCACCGGAAGACGAGACAACAGCGAUGCAGGAACUUAAAGGCCGCGCUAUGCUUCACAUGACUAAAGCCAACGGGAGCCCAUACGGAGGUCACCAACCAAACCAUAACCUCUCAGUGAACUUGGACAGCUUGUCGCUACACCUGGAAGCAAACAGGACCAGCAACAGUCACAUGUUCCAUCCCACCCACGUCGCCAUCCCACCACUCACCUCGAACCUGGCGCAGGAUCUGAACGACGAGAAGUUAGACGAGCUUCUGUUUUACGCCCGCAUCAUGGGCGACCAUCUUAAGGAUACUAAGGUCAGCGAGUUUCGUGUGGGGGAGUGGAGAUACGCGGCCGCGGUGCUGGAUGCUGCGUUCUUCUGGCUUACGUUUAUCGUGAUCUUAGGGUCAACCCUCGCCUUUUAUUUCAUGAUCCCGCGCGACAACUGAAAACCAUGGCGCGGAAGAUGUUCUUGCCUUGUAUUUCAAUCUAGAACAAUGGCGUAAAAGAUGAAGAGAAGAGACUUUUAUGUCCCCGAGCAACAAACGGAGAAUAAUAUGGCGCAAAAGAUAACGAGGAGUGAAAGAAAUGUACCAUAAAUCAAAACAUUUGAAAAUUUUGGGUGGUGUUUUCUACCACAACUACCCCCAUUGCAUAGAUUUAUGGUACAUAGUCUUUCAGAGUCAACUGUUGCGUUCUAUUCAUGAUCACACUCGACAACCGAGAACCGUGAGUCAAAGGCGGCGCUUUAUGCAAAAGAAAAUCUCAUUAAACCUAACGCUUUGAUUUGCAAGGAUCCAAGGCGUAAAAAGUCAUUUGCUCUCUAUCCAUGAUCCCACAUGACUACUAAGAACCCAGGUGCAAAGGUGGGGUAACAAGAAGUCAUAAGGUCGUUGAUCUUUAGUAGCGAGUGGAACCUAUGGUACCCAGGAUGUAGAAGUUAAAGACUCUACGAGAAAAACAUGCAAGGUUCCACCUGAUGUAAGGGGUUGUGUUUUGUUCUUACAAAGAUUUGACAUGAUAUUUGUGCGAGCAUUUUUUUAAACUAUUAUUUGUAUUUUUUUGAUAUAAUAAAACAUAUAAUUAAGUGACUCCGUCAGGACAUAUAGCAGUGCAGAUAAUUACCUUUUCGACGGAGUAGCUUCACGAUAUUCAAAUUAAAGAGCCUUUGUCAGUCACGCCCUUGCCUUUGUUUUCAACUUAUUAUGGAAAAAAAGAACUCUUAAAGUAACCACCUAAGAGAAACAUCUUACUCUGUUUUCUACUGGACAGCGUUUUAAACCGCAAAUAAGCGGGUAGAAAUCGUGUUUUCUUACACUUGGUUUCUUGUUGGGAUGACAAAACGGCGGCUGACAGAUGCUCUGGGUUUUUUAAGAAGAUUUCACGUGUCAAUAAGCGACAAGCAUGCAUUUAUAACCAGAAUUUCAAAUUCGCUGACGGUGCAUCCGUCCCACAACCCAUCGACGUUUUUAAGGGAGAUAAUGAUGGUUUUAAGAAUCUGUUUAGAGAAGACGUAUAUAAAUAAAAAAAAGCUGUUAUAAGGUUUGACAGCUAAGGAAUGAAUAAAACUGUGCUUCAUCCACGCUAUUCUGCUUUACGUAGAUUCAUAAAGCUCCGUUGUUAUUGAAUCGAUAUUACAUCUUAUAUUUCUAGAAAUAAGAAUAAAUCAUUGUAUCUA